UUCGAGGAGCGGAUCGGGCUGCCGGGAGAGGAGUCUCUGCGCGUGCGCGCGACUUUGGAGUCAAGGGGGCGUGGCUUUUGUUAGGCUGGUGGUGGGAGGCGGUCUUGCCAGAGAAAGAAUCGGUGCGGGUCUCUGGAGUGUUCCGAAGGAUGGAAGUGGGCAGCGUUGCUGAUGGAGUGAAGCAGGAGUCACAGGAGGAGAGGCAGCAGGACCCGCAACCUCUGGAGAAGGAGGAGGAUGAAAAGCAGCAGCGGGACGAUUUGGAGAAACACCGGAAGCUCCUGUGCUCGGAAUUUGCUUCCAUCACCAGCAGUGAUAUAGCUGUUGCUCAGUGCUACUUGGCAGAGAAUGACUGGAAUAUGCAAAGGGCGCUGAACUCUUAUUUUGAGCCUCCCCUUGAUGAGGAUCAGGUGGACUGGGUGCUCCCGCCUCUUCCAGAAACGGAGACGUUGGUUGACCUAACCGAUGAUUCACCUACUAGUAGUGAAGCUGCUUCCGUGAAAGACCCUGGUGUUAACCCACAGGAAGAUGACAGCACAUUUUCAUUGAUAACCUGGAAUAUAGAUGGCCUGCACACGAGUAAUCAGCAAGAAAGGGCCCGAGGCAUCUGCUCUUAUCUAGCUCUAUACAGCCCUGAUGUAGUGUUUUUACAGGAGGUUAUUCCUCCGUAUUUCAACUACCUACAGAAACGAGCAGUUAGUUACACAAUUAUUCCAGGCAAUACAGAUGGUUAUUUCACUGCUGUGAUGUUGAAAAAAUCAAGAAUAAGGGUUUUAAAACAUGAAAUAACGCCUUUCCCAACAACUGCCAUGAUGAGAAACUUAUUAUCUGUACAUGUAACCAUAUCUGGCAAUGAGCUCUGCCUUAUGACUUCCCAUCUUGAGAGCACUAAGAAUCAUGCUGAAGAGCGCUUGAAUCAAUUGAAACUGGUGCUCAAGAAAAUGCAGGAGGCAUCCAAGUCCAGUACUGUGAUCUUUGGAGGAGAUACAAAUCUGAGAGACAAAGAGGUUGCUAAACUAGGUGGCUUACCUACUAGCAUUGUGGACAUCUGGGAAUUCUUGGGCAAGCCAGAACACUGCCGCUACACGUGGGAUACAAGUCAAAACACGAACUUAGCUGUAGCUUACAAUUGCAAAUUGCGGUUUGAUCGCCUGUUCCUUCGAGCUGCUUCAACUGGUGGACAAAUCAUUCCUCAGAGUUUGGAUUUAAUUGGUCUGGAAAAACUAGACUGUGGCAUGUUUCCUAGUGAUCAUUGGGGUCUGUUGUGCAACUUUGAUGUGGUAUUAUAAGAAAAAGCUUUUAAAGGCAAUGUGUUUUAUUUUUAAAGACUUUAUUCUUCAUAUUUUAUUCCAUAUUUGUUUUCACAGAAUUUGCUGGAUUUUAAACCAGUUCUAAAACUAGCUUCAUUCUCAUUAUAUUACUCACCCCCUCAGUUCUUGUUGAAAUCUCUGCCUAGUAAAGGUGGAGUGGGUGGGGCAUUGGUAGUGGAGGAGGGAAGCCACAUACUCCUGUGAACUCCAGGAGAAUUUUAAAAGCUGAUUCUUGAUAUAUGUAAAUACAACAUGUUUCAUAUGACUUAUUUCCAACUAUUGGACAGAAUAGUUCAAUACAUUCUCUCACACAAACCUUUCGCUUCAUGAAGGUUUACUGUAAGAUGCUUUUUAAUGACAUUGUUUUCUGAAAGCUUCUAUGGAGAAACUGCAAUCCAUCAUUUCAGUGGACUGGUACUCCUUGAAUUUUCUGUAGAUAUAUUGCUGACAUGUCCUAUAAUCCCCUCUUUGUGAAUAAAGGGACUGUUGAAUCAA